AUGGCAACCACAGAGGAUGCAGACGCGGACGUAGUCAUGGACGCGGAAACUCGGCCUCUCGUAAUCAGGUUCAGCAGCCAAAUGUCUCGGAAUCCAGCCAAUCCCCAAAUCAACAGGCUGGUCGAGGGACCAGAAGAUAUACUCGGAGAGCAAGUAGCAAAGCUUCUAAUGCGCGGACAUUCGAACUCAAAGAAACCUCAUCAGAACCUGGAAAUGCCCCAGGGCGGUAGUCGAGGUCCCGUGAAUGACUCUUCUGUCAAAGGAGGCUCUUCACAAAACUGCGUUCACAGGAGUGCGUCAGCAUCCCGCAGUCACUCCCUGAAGAAUGAUGACGCCCCCCGAAUUAUUUUGUCUUCGCAGAACAAAAAGGAGGCCGAAGUCCUUCGACUUGAUCGUGAGAGCACUAACAAUGAAAGCCAGAACUCAAGACUCUAUAGCAUCUUGACCAAGGGACGGGAUAUUUCAGAAUCCUUAUGCCUCGAAGGGAUCUUGACCGGCUCUUCCCCAGCUGCUGCGACAGCACAUACUAUGGAGACACAGAAUAGUCCUAUCUAUGUGGCUCCUGAAUGCAAUGCUGUGUCUGAUAUCCACCAAACCGUUAGCGUGGAGCCUGAUACAGUUCCGGACCAGAACAUCACGAAUGAUGGGCCUGUCGUUGAGAGUGCUCCUCUGUCUAAGGGUUCCUCUCGUUUUCUGCGCCUUCCCAUGGAGCUGAGGUUGCAGAUAUACAAGUAUUCAUUUACUACCCAUCGCGUGGAGAUCCUUCACCAGAAAAGGAAGAACUCUGACAAUUCCAAGCGGACAUGCUACCGUCUUUACCAUCACCAGUUACAUCCGCGCAAUUCCACGACACAGGAAGCUCCCUGCCGCAUCGCACGCUUCCCAUAUACCUCUCUUCCCCUUGCACUUAUGUUUACUUGCGAGGAAAUCCACUGCGAGACAUUGUUCUUGCUCUAUUCAACCACUCAGUUCGUAUUUAAUUCGACCAGGGCGGUAGUGAGAUUCCUCAGAGUUACCGACAAGUCAGCCCAGAGUGCUAUCCACCAUGUGGAACUGAAUCAUCAUAUGUACAACGAGCCGCACCUACUCGCAUUUAGUGUCUUCAAGCACCGCAGCGACUUUGCUUGGUAUUUAGCAUGCGAAGCCAUGUCAGAUGCGUUCACGUCCCUGAGGAUUCUGCAUGUUGGCAUGACCAUUCGGGACUGGCCAAUUCACCUGGAGCUUGACGAAUGUUGGACAUUUCCAUUGAUUAAUUUUGCCCGUAAGAAUCUGGACUAUGCCGACAUCAAGCUUCAUAUGGUCAUGUUCAAGCAGGAAAGACUGGACGCAAUUGCUCGCAUGAUUGAAAAGGAGAUCAUGAAGCCCACCGCCUUUCAGAUGAAGGAUGAUGCACGCAUUGCUAGAGAGAAGGCAGGUAAAGUCAAGGCACUUAAAUCUUUGAGGUUGGUUUUCUAGUUUGGCCAGUGGCAGAGGCGGAUAUUCGCGAAAACGAGCCAUCGAGCUUUCCAUCGAUGGGUAGUUCUGGGGCAAUAAUAAAUGCGUCUGCGGGUUUUUUUAUGCUAAGUAAGCAUGUUCUCACGAAGCAUUUCUAAGGGCUAUGUUGCCGAACUAGAUGAGAGCCGCGGUGCCUUUAAUACUACUUGAGCUUAUGGCCAUUAAACUUGGGAUCAAUGAGAGGGAAACACUGCUAUUUAAAAUUCCAUAAUGUAUAUAUAAUAUCCAUAUCUCCAAAUCAUGUGUAAAAGCUAGAUGGCGGUGACGGCGUGAAGAGGUAAUCAAU